AUGGAUCACUCGGUCUUCAAAUAUUCAAAGCUGGAAACCAGCACUCCAACCUGGAGUGCCGGCUUCGUGUCUCCUUCUUGCUCUGCAUUCACUGAUGUUUGCUCCAUCAAGUCAAGAUGCUCAGACUUUUUGGGCAGUGGUGAUGAUACUGACAGUUGUCCAGAACCAAGCUUGGAUGUGGGGGAAACUUGUGGUUUGUUGCAUUCUGACUUUGUCCCUGACGAAGUUCUUGAGUUCGUCGCUGAUUAUUCAGCUCGUCAUUUUGAAGGUUCUUCCGAUUCUUCCAGUAGCAGUGUCGCUGGUUAUGUAGCUGAUUUACCUCAUGCCAGUGAUUUCUAUUUGCCUGUGGCUCCUGGUCGCUUCAAGUCGACAGGUUUAUUAGAGUGCAAGUCUGAUCGUAUAUUUGGUACUGUUUUGCAUGGUACGCAGUCUAAACGACGCCGGGAGGUUAACCGUGAAGCUUCCAGACGUUACCGUCAAAAGCUGAAACAAAAGUCCCUACAAACUCAGUCAGACCUGGCUGACGUUACAUCUGCAUACAAGCGAUCGAAAUUGGCAUAUGAAAAAGCUGAGCAUGCUUUUGAUGUGUUAAAAAACAUUGUCCUCGACCUGGAGUCAAGAUACUCAGGAUACGAUAUAGGAUAUGCACCAUUCGAGUCAUUGGCAGAAAGAAAACUUGAUUUUAGCUUUCCAGAUGCUGAAACAUUUCCAUCACCAGCAGAGUACUUUCCCAAAGUUCCUACUAUGAAAGUGAAGGGAUGCUGUUCAAUUGCAAAUAAGGCUAAACGAUUUCCAGCGUUAAAGUCCGAUGGACCGCCGCCUGAUGCCUAUAAUGUAGUAUCACCAUGGGGAGGUAAAAAACCAGACCCAUGUGGUCUACUGUUUCCGCAGAAAGUGUUAAACCAGCUAACUGGUGAACCAGACUAUAACACACGGUCAGUUUCUUGUGACCGAAUCCCUUAUGUUCGAUUUCGCGAUGUACCAAUCGGGACCAAAAGAGAUGAAACACUUGGACCAGCUUUCUAUGGACCAACAAAAGAUCCAGUCUUCACAAGAUAUAAGGGAUGUGGGUGGUCUAGGAGUACCUCAGAACGUGAUCUUCUUCGUCGAACUUCGUAUUCAGUUGGCCCAGGAGAGUAUAAUCCUUAUAGUGACCAUUGGCAGAAACUUAUUGAGUCCGCUAGAGAAAGAAGUAUUAUCGAAGCUGAACGUCCUUUAGCAGUCCCAAGAUUUAUGGAUAAAGUCGUCUAUGAGCUGCACAAACACAACUUUCCUAGCCCUUGUUCAUACAACAUACUGGAAAAGCAAAUAUCGAAAGCUAACGGACUGCAAGCUCCAUUCAAUACUGAGGAACAAAGGUUCAAAGAAAAGUUGACUGACACACCAGCACCAAACAAAUAUGAUCCGAAAGAUGGUGCAAUCUCAAGGAGGUGGUUAAGACGUUUUCGCCCUAAACCUUUUGAUACAACAGCAGAGAGAUUCUUUAAUAAAACUUGUGUUGGACCAGCUCCGAAUAGCUACAUCAUUAAUGAUGGAAUAAAAGAAUUUCAUACUCGUUAUUUCAGUGACACACAAAUAAACAAAGGUGUAGGAUUUGGAUCAACUGCCAAACGCAUGAACUAUAACCUCUUCUCUAAUAGAAAAGCGAGUGAAAGAGAUGGUGAUAUUCCAGGUCCUGGGCAAUAUAAUCCGCAGAGAUAUGAUGAUAAAUGUACACUUAAGGCUAUUGGUAUUCCAAAGGCUAAAAGAGAAAUUUCUAUUGUAAAGUCAUCGGCACCUCCACCUGGAACGUAUGAAUUCGGAAAGUCUUUUGAUGUUACACAGUGUAAGCGUGCUCCUGCAGUGCCUCGUACUGUAGAAGGUAGACAAAGGAGAACAUGUUUCUCUAAUACUGCAGAAAGAUUUGGUAAAUUUUCUGCUUUAGGUCCAAAAGAUCUAGAUAUACCAGGACCGGGAGAAUAUUGCAUAGUGCAAAGUAGAUCACAGAAGGGCAGGUUUAUAUCUCAGUCAGAAAGAUUCAAGGAAAUUGAGAGAGAACAAUUCCCUGGUCCAGCAGAUUAUGAGGUAAAUUCCAGUUCCAAUUUUCCAUCAGUGAUUUGAACAACUCCAUGCCAUAACUUAACGAUUUUAAAAAAUGUCAACCAACUUUUAUAAAAACACUUCAGUGAUAUAAUUGCACACAUCACUGUUUCUAAUAUUGAAUUGUUGUGAAUUGAAUUACGAAACAUCUCUGAGCCUUACCAUAAAAUCUUCAUCAUAAGAAGUAUUCAUAGGGGGCGGGUAAGUAAGAUCAAAACAAAAUUGCAGGUUGUGCUGCCUUUUUUGAUGCGGGAACUAUUUAACUUGAUCUGUUUUAAUCAACAGUUUAACUGAUGUGAAAGUUUGUUCUGAGUACUGAAUAAUACGGGUGUGUUGAGGAAAAUUAUCAGCGAGAAAGUUCGCAUGCACUGAAAAAGAAAAGUAAGAACGGAAAAGUAUUUGUUAGUCGUAAAUAUCUGAAGUUUAAGUGAUGAUAACUGUUAUGCAGUAUACUAUUAUCCAAGAUGAUUUCAUCAGUUUUAUUGCAGCUACUGUUCAAAACUCCCUACAGCAUUACCCAAUAAAAGUGACUACUUUUUAUAUAUUUUCAUAGUGACGAUAAUUUACGGAUGUUUCUUUUGGACUGGAAAGUCAUGUCACCAUACUUACCGUUUUUAUUAGUCUACCCCAUUCAAUGAUGUUUUAUAUCAACAAAUGGUCUAAUUGGUAGAGCCAAAUAGCAUCAUUUUACCAGAAAAAGUAACCAAGACGGCAACUGCAACUUGCAAUUAACAAGGAAGGCAAAAGCAAGUUUAAACAUCGGAUUUCAUCAGAGUAUAUCAGUAUAAAGUUGUAUAAUAUCCAAUGCAAUACCGUACAACUCAAAUGGAUGAAUUCGUUUUUUUUAUAUCAUCG